AUGGCUCCCACCAAGCCCCAUUGGGUCCAGCCCUCGCACCCCGACAUCCAGGAAGUCAUCGUCAAUGAGGCCGAGUUCGCGACAAAGAGCCUGUCAAAGGUUUCCCUACCUCCGUUCUCCGUCUUUGCAAAGAUGGAAUUCCCUCCCUGCACCGUAGCCACGGAAGUUACGUAUGCCACUGUCCAGAUGGGCCGCAACAGCCACCUGAACCUCAAUAGCGACCUGCUGUAUAUCAACCACUCUUGCGAGCCCUCGCUUAUAUUUGACACGGGCAACUUCAACGUCCUCGUGGGACCCAGGGGCCUCGAGCCCGGAGAUGAACUGACAUUCUUCUAUCCUUCUACUGAAUGGAGCAUGUCCCAACCCUUUGAAUGUCUCUGCGGCACGCCGUCCUGCCGCGGCACCAUUGCUGGCGCAGGCAACAUGAAGCCAUCCCAGCUCGAGGGCUACUGGCUUAGCGGGCACAUUCGCGACCUGCUCGAGGAGAAGCAGAAGCAGGUUGGAAACGGUGUCUCCUCCCCUAACGACCCGGCCACCCAGGCUCUCCAAGGUGCUGUGAGCCAGGCAGAGCUGGCUCUCGAGGCCGCCCAGUCGGCUCUGCAGGUCUAUUUGCACAAGGGCAGUGUCGACGGUCUUGGAAAGAACCUCAGGAGAAGAGGGCUGACAUCAAGGGAGCUUUCGGGGGAGAUGGGUGGUGAUACGAUUGCUGUCUAG